GUGCUAAUGAACUUAGCAAUUUAGGGAAUAAAAAAUAAUUUGAAAAAAAAAACUUUAUAGGAAAUAAAGAAAGCUAUUAUAAGAGGACAGUUUAAAACAAACUUGAAACACUAUUAGGAUAAAUAAAUAACUUUAAAUAUAUUUGAACUUUAACAAAAGCAUAGUUUAUUUCAUUAAAAGACUUUGAUAUAAUAUAUAUAAUAACAUAACUUUAAAACGGUUCGCAUAAAUUAUAACACAGGAGAAAAAUUCUUAAGACACUUUGCACACUCCCAUCGGCAGCUGAUAAGCAUCUGGCUGAGCCCACUUUGAUAUGCGGAUGACUCACUCAGUCAUUAACAUUCCGGGGUUGCAACUUCUACUUAUUCUUUAGCAAGACUGAUAGUGAACAGAGCAGGCCGUGUUUUACUUUGUUGUUUAAACAGUGAUUGAGACAACUUAAAGAAAAUAAAUAAACGUAAUCGGAUAUUGACGGAAGCUGAACUUGGGAUAACCUUGUCUGAUAUCGUGUGUCAGCAUAUCUUAGUCCGCGCAUGCGCGCAGUGAACUUCCUUGCUCUAGAACUAUCUUAGCAGUUUCGCCAUUUUGGAUCUAACAAGAACCGGAGUUAAACAAAUAUGGUACACGGUAAAUACGACCUGCAGGCGGAAGCGGAAGUGCGGACCUGGAUCCAGCAGCUGCUCGGGGAGCAGAUAGGAGAAUAUGAGUUGGAGAAGAGGCUGAAGGAUGGCACCAUUCUCUGCAGGUUGAUAAAACGCCUGUUUGAGGGGACGCCGGCUGACUCACUUCCGGCGGCAUGCCGCACUGUCAAUAUGCGCUUCCGGCCCAGCGACAAAGGGGCUGUUCAAAUGGAAAACAUUGAAAUAUUUGUGCGAGCGGCCGCGGCCUACGGUGUCCCACAGAGCGGCCUGUUCGCCUGUAACGACUUGUAUGAAGGCAAGAAUAUGCCCAUGGUGAUCGCCACUAUCCUGCAAGUUGGCUCAGAGGCUCAGCGCCACAAAUUCAGUGGGCCGACCGUCGGAUCAGCACCGACGGAGCGCAAAAAGAAAAAGUUCAGCCGGAGGCAGCUGAAGGCUGGUCAGUCGAUUCUUAUCCUGCAGAAUGGCACCAACAAGUUCGCCUCCCAGAAGGGCAUGACGUGCCCGGGAGCUGUAAGGCACGGAGCUGACAUCCGGGCGGACGACCUACUUGAUGAAAGCAACCGGCACGUUCAUCUACAGGCCGGCACCAACAAAUUUGACUCCCAGAAAGGUAUGCGUAUUGGAACCCAGCGUCACUGCGCCGACAUCAGAGCCGACGACAUAAAUACGGAGUCUGAGGGCAUGACCAUUCUCCAGAGUGGAACUAACAAAUUCGACAGCCAAAAGGGGAUGCGUGGAGGCUUUGGCGCCGUGCGACAUUGCGCUGAUAUCCGGGCAGAUGACGCUACAAAGGAAAGUGAAGGGGAAGUAUGGCUCCAGUCGGGAACAAACAAAUUCUCCUCGCAGAAGGGCAUGACAGCCCCCGGCGCUGUCAGACAUGGUGCAGACAUCCGCGCCGACGACAUGAACCAAGAAAGCAACGCAAUUAACAUAUUGCAGUCCGGUACGAACCAGUUUGACUCGCAGAAAGGUAUGCGUAUUGGUACCCAGCGUCAUUGUGCCGACAUCAGGGCGGACGAUCAAACUAAAGAGAGUGAGGCAGAGGUGUGGCUCCAGUCGGGAACCAACAAGUUCGACUCCCAGAAGGGAAUGCGGAGCUACGGUGCAGUGCGCCACGGCGCCGACAUCAGAGCCGAUGACAUCAAUCAAGAAAGUAACGCCAUUACUAUUCUUCAGUCUGGUACAAAUAAGUUUGAUUCCCAGAAGGGCACACGCGGCUUCGGUGCUGUCCGUCACGGCCCCGACAUCAGGGCGGACGAUGCUAAUGAAGCCGGUCAGGGAAUUGUCAUCCUUCAAGCCGGUACCAACAAGUUCGAGACACAGUCUGGCAUGCGAGGUGGCUUUGGAGCCACACGUCACGGAGCGGAUAUUAGAGCGGACGAUAUCACCCAAGAGUCGAACCGAGAUGUCCACCUGCAGUCUGGCUCAAACAAGUUCGCCUCGCAGAAGGGCAUGACCAGUUAUGGCGCCGUGCGUCACGGAGCGGAUAUCCGUGCGGAUGAGUUCAACCAGGAGAGUAACGCCACGAUUAACUACCAGUCCGGCUGGAACAAGGGCGAAUCCCAGGCGGGCAUGCGCGGAGGCUUUGGUGCCGUCCGCCACGGAGGCGACAUCCGUGUCCGUGAGCUGUUUGACGACGAAGAUCUGUAUGACUACGACGAUUUGGAAUACGCGGAUCCCGCGAUGGGAGUGUCGGACAUGUAACCUGGCUGGACUGUAGAAUAUUGAGAAAUUACAAUUUUUAGGACUUAAACAAAUCAUUCGACCUCUAGUUCAGUUUCGUCGGACAACGAAACAUUUCGUAUACUAUGACAGACUUUUCGAUAUUCUUUGUUAAAGAAAAUAAUUCGUAUUCGGAUGAAAAAAACUCUGUCAUCGGCUAAAUUCGUUUUACAUGAUUUACAUGUACGAUAUAUGGAAUUGCAUAAUCAUUAUAUAAAACGUAAGGAAAGGAGCGCGGCUUCAUUGGACAGAAAAUAGUCACGUAACAUAGACAGUUUUGUACUAUUUGUCUCUGUUUUUGUUGUUAUUGCUUGUUUAACGGGGGAAGGUGCAAUAUGUUAUUUUUGGGUGAUAAUGCUAGUUUGAGUGAAUGUUAUUACGGACGUGAAUGAAUUUUCGGACAUGAAUGACUGUCUGUAUGCUUCGUUUCGAACCAUGUCAUAUACAGUGAACCUCAUUUAGUGAAUAUCUUUGUAGAAAGUGAAGUGUCUUUCACAAGGAAUGUUAUGUUAUGGAUAUACAGAUUUUAUACGUUUUUUUUAGUAUCGAUAAAUCUUUGAAAACCUAUUUAAUUAUUUAAGUUUAAAAUUAUUUAAAACGAAUAUUUCAUUCGGUUAUGUGUCUUUCAAAUAAAUCAAUGACAGAGAAA